AUGAUAGGUCUCUUUUUAUAUUUGCUCCUGAUUGUCGUCAUUUCAGUGGAUUCCCGGCCUUCUCUAACAGAUCUAGCCUGUGAAAGACGCCCCGAAUUACCGUAUUGUAAGGAGUAUCGCCGGCAAAAAGAUGCCAUUUCUGCAGAAAUCUCCGAUGAUAAGUUCAAAUCGAAUCGACCGAUUGAGAAGUUGGAGGGGUUUUUGAUAGAAGACUCGAAAGAGAAAGAGGAAGAAGAAGAAGUACAAACAUUAUCCCCAGUCGAAGACACAACCCCUUUUCCACGAUCAUUUCGAACGACACGACCACCACGACGACAACCCCAUAAUAUACUAUUCACCCUAUUCCCGACCCUUCAGAAAGAUCAUCGCGAAAAGAGAUAUUGUCCCGCCAAUCAGUAUACCUUCCAAGUGACUUGCGCGCCCCAAAAGAAACUGCGCUACGAUCUGCAGGUGUUCUGCCAAGAAUACGCGGACAUUUGCGGCGUCCCAAAUACAAAUCUCUACCCCUCGAGAACGGGCAGAAAUCCGGAAGAUGAGGGAAGACCCGAGGGAUACGGCCAAAAACAGAAAAAUGGCAAUUUCGGAAUGGGCAAUAGUUUCGCGUUUGGCACUGGAAUGUUGCCAGGGUUUUCUGUGGUCUCGUCGCAGGGUGCCGAUAUUGGCCACGAAAAUCUGCCAUUCUUCAAUCAAAUCGGCGGAAUGAUGAUCAAUAAUGGAAUGGAGAUUGGGGCAACUGGGAAAAGAAUUGGACAAGGACCCGCUAGGACAAUUGAUGCACUCGAUAGAGGUUUCCCAACCGGAAAUGCUGUAUUUGGUGGCCCGGGUGCCGAGCCGUCAUCGGCUGAUCGGCGUGCCACCGGGGAAUUCCUCCGUUCAUUCGGCAUUCCAAAUGUUGCUGGCCUUGGAAAAAUCCUAAAAUCCCUAAAUCCGCCCCGUCCUCGUAAACAGCUAUCGCGCGGAUUGGGAUAUGAACCGGGCUAUGGAGCCCUCAACAAAAAGGCGCCAUUUGCUAGUGGAAAGGUUGACCACGAUUCCGUCAAUCUGCCCGGAGGUAUCGGCGAUUUCGAGAUCAACAAGGGAGUCGGAUUUGGCGUCGGAAAA